AUGGAGCCCUUAGUAACGGAUCAUGUUCUCAUCAACAACACGAGAAUCGCCCAUGGCGUGCAUGGCCAAGGCGAACCAGUUAUCCUUCUCCAUGGCACGCCCUCUUCCUCCCUCAUCUGGCGUAAUGUUCUGCCUCAAUUAACCUCAAAUGGGUACCAAGUACAUCUAUUCGAUUUACUCGGCUACGGGCUUUCUGAGCGGCCAUGGGACCCAGCCAUCGACCCAUCCAUCUCAGGCCAGGUUACCAUUUUGGAGGGCCUGCUCAAGCACUGGGACCUGGAAACUGCCCAUUUCGUAGCCCACGACAUAGGUGGUGGUGUGGCCCAGAGAUUUGCCGUUUUCUCUCCCCAACGAGUGCGCUCACUGACACUCAUUGAUGUGGUGUCGUUUGACAGCUACCCUUCAAAGAGAACACGGGAACAGAUGCAGCGGGGCCUUGAAACUCUUAUCAAAUUGCCCGACCAAGAGCACCGAGCCCAUUUUAGGGAGUGGCUUCUGUCUGCUGUUCAUGACAAGGAAAAGUUUACUGGAUCGAGUCUGGACACAUAUCUGGACUACAUUUCCGGUCCUGUGGGCCAACCCAGUCUCUUUCAACACCAGAUUCGGCACUAUGAUCCUAAACACACGAUGGAGAUUGCAGAGAAGCUUCCAGAACUGGGCAAAUUACCAGUUCAAUUGAUAUGGGGUGCUCAAGAUGCAUGGCAAGUGACCGACUGGGCGCAUAAAUUGCACGAGGCAAUUCCAGGCUCGGAUCUGACCAUCUUGGAGGAUUGUGGGCAUUUCUCGCCGGAGGACCAGCCUGAGAAGAUAUCACAAUUGACCCUAGCAUUUUUGAAGAGGGGAUAG